CUGCACUUGCCCGGGGCGCGCGCCCGCUCCUUCCCCGGGGACCCGCCCCGGGGCGCCUCCCCCCGCCCCCCGCGCACUUCCGCGUGCAUGGCCCAGCUGGCCCGGGCCCUGAGCGCGAGCGCGGGGCCCUGCUGGCGGCGGGCCGCGAGCACCUUCGGCCGUUCCCCGCGAGCCCGGCCCGCCCGCGCCCUCCCCGGCGCCAUGGAGUGCAGGCAGGAGCCUCAGCCGCGCUGCCCGCCGCCCGCCGCCGACGCCGUGGCCUCCUACGACUACCUGGUGAUCGGGGGCGGCUCGGGCGGACUGGCCAGCGCGCGGCGGGCGGCCGAGUUGGGCGCCAGGGCCGCGGUGGUGGAGAGACACAAGCUCGGCGGCACUUGCGUGAAUGUUGGAUGUGUACCCAAAAAGGUGAUGUGGAACGCAGCUGUCCAUUCUGAAUUCAUGCAUGAUCAUGUUGACUAUGGCUUCCAAAGUUGUGAGAGUAAAUUCAAUUGGCGCAUUAUAAAGGAAAAGCGGGAUGCCUAUGUAAGCCGCCUGAACACCAUCUAUCAAAAUAAUCUAACCAAGUCCCACAUAGAUAUCAUCCAUGGCCAUGCAGCUUUCACAUGUGAUCCCAAACCCACAGUAGAGGUCAAUGGGAAAAAAUACACUGCUCCGCACAUCCUGAUUGCCACAGGUGGUAUGCCCUCCUAUCCUCAGGAGAGCCAGAUCCCUGGUGCUAGCCUGGGAAUAACCAGCGAUGGAUUUUUUCAACUGGAAGAAUUGCCUAGGCGCGCUGUCAUUGUUGGUGCAGGUUACAUUGCUGUGGAGAUAGCUGGGAUCCUUUCAGCCCUGGGUUCUAAGACAUCACUAAUGAUACGGUAUGAUAAGGUACUUCGAAAUUUUGAUUCAUUAAUCAGUUCAAACUGCACCGAAGAGUUGGAGAAUGCUGGCAUAGAAGUCCUGAAGUUCUCCCAGAUCAAGGAGGUUAAGAAGACGUCUUCAGGUUUAGAACUCUGUAUGAUCACUUCAGUCCCUGGUAGGAAGCCCACCUUGACCACGAUUCCAGAUGUUGACUGUCUGCUCUGGGCCAUUGGGCGGAACCCAAAUUCCAGGAGCCUGAAUUUAGACAAACUGGGCAUUCAAACUGAUGACAAAGGUCAUAUCACAGUAGAUGAAUUCCAGAAUACUAAUGUAAAAGGCAUCUAUGCGGUUGGGGAUGUGUGUGGAAAAGCUCUUCUGACUCCAGUUGCAAUAGCUGCGGGCCGAAAACUUGCCCAUAGACUUUUUGAAUGCAAAGAAGAUUCUAAAUUGGACUAUAGCAACAUUCCCACAGUUGUGUUCAGCCACCCUCCUAUUGGGACAGUGGGACUCACAGAAGAUGAGGCCAUUUAUAAAUAUGGAAAAGAAAAUGUGAAGACCUAUUCAACCACCUUUACCCCAAUGUAUCAUGCAGUUACCAAAAGGAAGACAAAAUGUGUAAUGAAAAUGGUUUGUGCCAACAAAGAGGAAAAGGUGGUCGGAAUCCAUAUGCAAGGAAUUGGGUGUGAUGAAAUGCUGCAAGGUUUUGCUGUUGCAGUCAAAAUGGGAGCAACAAAAGCUGACUUUGACAACACAGUUGCCAUUCACCCUACUUCUGCAGAAGAACUAGUCACACUUCGUUGAAAACUUGGCGAUUCGAAUGGUUGGCAGCUGGACAAGUAGACCAUCAGAAAUAAACCAAAUCAUUG